CUCGACUUCCGAGAAAAUGGCGGAUUCUUCAAAAAAGAUGUGCAAACUGUAAACAAACGAGACAAACGAAAUGUGAUAUGUCUGUUACAUGAUAACAUUGAAUGGUAAUAUGGCACGAUUGAACGUGAAUCAUGGAGAAGCCUCCUCCUAAUGCUGACAUACUUGACUGGUAUGUCAACAAACUAUACAAAAAAGCAUUGGAUCAUUGUUUACAACAACAGUCAUCCUCUGCACCCACAUCUGGUCAAGGUCUGUAUCACAGAGGUCACGUUCAAGGUCACAGCAAUGACAAAAGGCAAGUCUGUAACUCUACACUGAAGUGUGAUUUACCAAAGUGUGCAAGAACUAUACAAAAUGGUGGGACCACUCAUCAAGAUAUGAAAAUUCUAGGUCCGACUUCAAACCUCCAUGGCCAAGUAUGUAGAUCUGGCAAGGACGUGAAAGUCUCUAAUCAAGAAAACUUGUCUUAUCAAAAUACAGGUAAAGGAAUGUGCCAAAAACAACAACAACUUUCCAGAUUUCAGGUAAACAAUAUUCUAUCUGAACAGGGACAUUCCCAAAACAGUACUGCUUUAGUGUGUGCACCAGAGAUAGCAGGGACAGGUCACAGCCAUCUGAGUAGACAGUAUAGAAAAGAGACUGUAGACUUUUACCCAGAGAGUACAGAACGAGGCAUCAUACCAAAUAUAGAAUCAAAUGAUAGUUCUUAUAGACAAAAAGGUACUUACAGCCAGCAAAAUCUGUGGUAUAGUAACAGUAGAUUCAGUGAACCGACUUUCAGUCAUAUACUUAAACGUUAUCCUGAUCCUUGGUGUCAAAGGUCAGAACAUCCGAAUGUCAAGAAAACUGAUUGUCACAGGAAUGGCAGAUGUGAAUUUCGAGGAAGUGAGUAUAAAGCAUUAAGACCAGAUGACAAGGACUUGGCCUGGUUUAGCCAUUCAGUCUUACCACAACAGACCAAUAUCCAGGUACCUUUACCGGAGCCACACGAUCAGAAGAAACCUGUAGUAUGUUCACAUAGUCCUGAAUCAGGACCUGCUGCUAGGAAACACACUAAAGAUACCUCUGUGGAAUGUACUGGUUUACAGAGCCAUGAGAGAGACGAGUUGGGAAUUCCAAUAACAGAUCCUAAUGACACUGAAAUGAAGACGACCACAACACCAGGUCCACUGAUUACGGCAUUGACUGUUUUGGAAGACCCUGUCAAUCAAAUUUCCCAUAACCUCUCAUCGUUAAAAAAGGCUGAGCCAUUGAAUUCUAUGACUUCAGUGUCUAAUUCAUCUGAAGUUGUCCCACUGACAAAUGGAAGUCUGAAACUGCAUAACAAGGCCCUCUGUGAUGCCGCCCAAAGUGAGGCAAAGGGAGCUAACUCCUCCCAGAAUCAGGACGAGGGAGAAGACAGUGACAGUGGAGAGAGUUGUAAAUCUGGAAUCAUCAUCAAACCUGGUCAUUUUAACCAGAAAAGGAAGAGGUCACUCAGUCUUGAUCAAAAUAGGUGUAAAAGGCGAUCCAGUGGUACAAGUAAAGAUAAGAACACCUGCCCACAAAACAACAAGAAGCCGGUGAAAGAAUCAGUCAAAAGAAACAAGACCAAAGAAAAAUUCAGUCAUGACAAAAAUGCAAACAAAAGUUUUAAGUCAAAAAAAGAUGUGAAGCAUGUUUAUGUAUCAAAAACAAAAGUAAAAAGGAAAAAAGGUUGUGAUUCAUCCAAUACAAAGGGAAAAAAGAAAAAGGAUGUUAUUGUAUCAAAAACGAAAGAAAAAAAGAAUACAAAUAAAACUAGCUUUGAAAUAUUUGAUGUGUCAGAGAAAAAGAUAGAUCCAAGAAUGUCUGAACAUAUGAAACGAUGUAUAGGACGUGAAAUCAGUAUACUACAAGCUCAUGAAGAGCAAGCAAUGUCUACUGUUACAGAAAGUGUAGGACAGUCAUCAGACUCCAACACAAUGUCCAGUUUGGCAUUUUUAGAUCUGAAGGACUUGGCACAAGUGCCUGAACUGUGUAAAUCUAAAGAAAACCAAUCUGUGUACAUGUCUAAGAAACAUGUUGGAGGUGUAUGGAAAUCUAUCGUCAAAAAACAAUAACAUUUCCAAUAAUCUUUUGUGAAAGCACUAUAAAAUGUCCAUUAAUCUAUUUCAAACUUUAAUCUCAAAGAAUGAUUAAAGGAAACAAAUAAUGUCCAUGUGUUGUCUGUGAAUUUCAUAUCAGUGUCAAAAAUAGUGACAAUAUAAUCGCUAUAGUUCAUCGACAUUUGCUGUAAAACUAUGUGGUUCAUUGCCUAUGGAUUUUGAUAACUUUAUUGUAUGUUUUGUUAUAGUGACUAUCAUAUAUAAAAAUGACACUACAUACGUUUGUGAGUAUCAAUUAUUAAAUGUAUUUUAAGUGAUUAUUAGGAAAUAAAUAUAUAAUGAUAAAAUAAAUCUAUAUUAAAAAAGA